AUGAAACGUGUAAAUAAAAAAUUAGUCAAAAUUCUUGUGAUUGUGGAAAAUCGUGUGUGGUUACCAGAGGAAGCGGUGAAAAUGCACGGAUAUCCGGUGAUGCAAGUCGUCCAAUAUAGUGUACCAACGUGCACUUGGGGACCGCCUCCUGACAUUCUUCAUCGACCACCUUCUGUUGUUCCCCAUCAACCCGGAGUUCGGAAAUAUGUAAUCUGGUGUCUCAUAUGCGGCGGUGUUUUAUGUUUAUUAGGAGUUAUGUUCUUGGCUGUCUAUUUUCUUCUACGAUCUUACACCAGCACCGUCGGCUAUUUUGAGACCGUUCCGCCCUUUGUUCCGGCUACUUUGGUGAGUUUCACACUACAUUUUACUUUACUUUUUUUUUGGCAAACCAUAAAAGGAAAAAAUCACAGACAAGAAAGUUUCUCUCUUUUUAAAGCGACCAGAUAA